AAUGACAAGUUGUUCAUUUGCACCCAUUAAACAAAUUUGAUUAGAUUGUAUUGUUAUGUAUCAUGUCACUUACCCACUUUAGAAGAUCCACAUGCCUCCUAAGAAUGUUAUUUUCUUUUCCUUGACAUGAUGUUUUUUUUGUUUUCAUUUUUCCUAAUAAACCCCCUGCUUAUAAUUCUUUUGUGUGUAAACAAAUUGUAAUUAAUAUCAUAGCUUUGAAAAUGGAAAUUGUUAAACAGAGUUAAUUAAGGUGCAAUGGUGAUUGGGACUACACUUGAUAGUGAGGACUUGUAUUCGAUCCCCCGCAACAAUAAUCGGGAGGGGACUGGAACCUAACCACUCAAUACUGAUCCCCGAAUCCGAAUUAGCUCAAAGGGAGAACCGGGUGGAACACCAAAAAAAAACAAUGCAAGUGAGAGGGACAAGGGCAGGGCAGCAGUGAAAAUGAAGUAGCUAAGUGGUGGGGUGAGCGGUAGUGAUUGAAAACCUGAGUGAAUUUAGGUUGAGGUGUGUAUAUAUCAUACGUACUUGCAAUCAUGAAAUUGGAAUGAAAAUUUGAGUGAUCAACAAUUAGGUCAAACCGUCAAAGUCAUAGAGUAAUCAAAUAAGUAGUCCUAAGAAAAUUUGAAAGUCACAAAUAAACCAAAUCAAUGAUAUGAUUAAUAAAUAAUGAAUGAAGGAGCCAUGAAGUUUCCCUGAAUAUUUCCUUCCUCUUUCCUUAAUUAUUAAAACAUUUAAGGAAAUAUAUAAAAGUGUUUCGUUCAGCAAUAAUUCAGAUUUCAGACCAACCAUUCAAAGGAUGCUACCAGGAGUAGAAGCAGCAAGAAGAAGGAGAGUUCAUCAAAGCAGUAGCAUUAAUAAUAGCAAUUGUUCAUCUCCUUCCUCGAGACGCCUUUCUUUCUCUCUCUUCUCCACAAAUACCUCUACUUUCUUGGGGCAUACGACAAGGAGCAGAACAUCCUAUGAAGAUGAUGAUGAACACGAAGAUGAUCCAAAGUUAGGAGCUUUGGCUAGAGAAGCCAAGGUCAGACUUGAUGCCAAACUCAGAUCAACACCCUUCAAAUCUACCAGGAAUAAUAACUGUGAAGAGAGAAUAGGAAGAUUCCAGAACAAUGAAAAUGAAGUGACAAGAAAGAAAAAGAAGAAGAAUGGAAAGUUUAGUUGGAACUGGAAAUCAGGGGAUCAAUUACAAGAUAAAGAAUGUGCAGUAUGCUUGGAUGAAAUGAAAGAGGGUGAUGACAUCAUGAAUUUAGAAUGCAACCAUAGUUUUCAUUCAAAAUGUUUGAUGCCUUGGCUUCAAACCAAUGCCCACUGCCCCUGUUGCAGGUUCAGGAUCCAACACCUUUAAACUUCAUUUUUGUCACUCUUUCUAUCGGCUUGCUUAUUACCAACUAGUAUGUAAUGUAAAUACAAGAUUGGUGUUAAUUUUUAGUUUUUUCAGGCCACUUGCCAACCCAAAUCAUGUGAUUCAGCUACCUCUAUUCUCAUCUACCCUCGCUUGUUUUUAUUAUAAAUAAGUGUUGCGGUUAUUAUAAAAAUGGAGAGAGUUAACCUCCUUAUUCUCACCUACCCUCGCUUGUUUUUAUUAUAAAUAAGUGUUGCGGCUAUUAUAAAAAUGGAGAGAGUAACCUCCUUAUUCUCACCUACCCUCGUUUGUUUUUAUUGUUAAUAAGUGUUGCGGUUAUUAUAAAAAUGGAGAGAGUAACCACUUAGUACAAGUUUUUAUUUCAGUUUUUAUUAACCACUUAGAUUGACACCCCUCAUCCUACAGGCUAUAGCUAGAAGGUGGCAAUGGAUCAGAAAAUCAUGAUCAACAAUCAGGACCUCUUCUCAACUAAUCAAAAUUUCCAUCCAUCACUUUGAGCAGAUAAGGCAUGUUGCUUUAGAACUUCAAUUAACAUCAGGACACAAAAAAAAAAAAAAAAGGAAAAAGAAAAAAAAUCUUACUCCACUAUUUUCAAGCAUCUAGCAGGGAAGAUCAGAAUCCAAUAGCCACUAGGACUGCCAUAUCAGUCUUUCCAAUGCAUUAGAAAUUUUGGCGUUAAUAUCAAUUUAAGUUGUCAAAGUACGGGAAUGCUGCUACAAAAUUAAACACAUAGCAAUCGACAUAUCGUAAAAAGAAGAAGUUAACAAUGUACCUUGAGCCUGAAUAAUCUGGGAGAGUUUACUAGAAAGAGUGGAGGCACGCCUACUAUCACGAGUAGCACCCCUCCAAAGCCAUGGCAUCAUCAUCAUAAUCAGUCAUUUGCACACUCUCUGAGCUCACUGCCUGAUCCUGCCAUAGAACAAUUCUCACAUCAUUACCCUUAACUUCUAAAAUUAAAAUGCAGACAUGAGAAGACGCCGCUAGAAGAGAUAGAAACAAGAAAAAUUCUACCUGGUCUUUUAUCAUUCUAAGAAUUUUCUGAUUAACCUCCACAGAUUGCUUCUGAACUGGAUCAGCAGCUUCUCUUAACUGCACAUACAGCAUAGAUAUCGGAGACAUUAGAACAAAUGAAAUCAAUCAAGUUGAGGAAUUAAGUUUAAGAUAGAGAUCACCUUAGAUGGUUUAUAUUUCUCAGUUGAUGACCCUGUGAGCUCAUCAAGUUUAGCAAAAAGAUCAGAUUCUGAGCACUUGCAAUAUCACUUGUUUGGACCAACAAGGGCAUCUGGAACAUACAUGCACAUCAAAUUCUUUCAUCUAACCAAGAGCAAAUUAGAAAUUCAAAUAUGAACAUAGACGAGAGCUAGAUUUCAGAGCACAAAUAAAAAGAUGGAACAGAUAAUUGACACUUAGCAGUUACACUAGGCAAAAGGCAUGAUGUAGUUACUCUAGGCAACAUAAACAUAACCAAAAUGUUGGUCAAGAUUUUAGUAUAACAAUUAGCAAGAAAAAUAGAAUCCAUAAAAGGGUCAACUAAUAAAUUGAUGGUAUAUCAUAGUUGAAUCCUAAUAUUAAAGGGUUGUGACAUACAUUAUCAAACAAAUUAGGUUCAAUUAUCACAUAAUUUUAGGGAACCCUGCACUCAAUUAAAUAAAAUUAGAUGAAAUUGUGAAAUUGAUAUGAUGAAUACUAAAAGAAACAACAACUUACCUCGAACAAAUCGUUAGUAAUGGAGGAUGUCAAGUGCGAUGUUGUUGAGUGCGCGCGCUUCAAUGGAGAAGGAGAGGAGAAAGAGGACAGAGGUAGAGGAGGCGGUUACUAAAAAUAAAAACUAAUAAUGGCCCAUUUCUACCAAUUACUGGGCCAAGAUUACCCAAUUUUGGGGCCCAAACUUCAAGGACGUGGUGGGUCCCGCCAAUGUGAGACCAUUGCAUACAACGGCUACUUCCAUUUUUCACAUAGCCGUUAAGUGGCCAAACUGAAAUUCAAAUUGGUAACAAACGGGAAGCAACUUCACCAAAAAUCAUUCAUUCAUAACAUCUUGUAAUAGGAUCAAAGAUUAGAUCUUGUAAAAAAAAAAAAAGAAAAAGAAUUGAAAAAUGGGAUACAGUAAUACAUAUGCACCUGCAUACUAUUCAUCUCUUCAGGAUUCCAUCACUUCAAUCUGCAAAUCAAUCCUUCCUUUCUCUUUAAACAAGCGAAGAUUAACAGCAGCUGAACAGAAGCUCUCCAAACAGCAAUCUGAUAAUCUUAAAUGGCAGCAGAAUUCAUUCCAUCAGAUCCUCAAUUUGAUUGGUCUUCACAAAGAAGGCCUUUUACCAGAUACCGAGGUUUCCGCUUUCAGAACCCAUCUCCUUGAUACCCUCAUUGCUUCCAAAGGAGCCGAUAAGGAACAGCCCCAGAUUCUGAGGGAUAAGCUCCUCUUUCUCCAGGAGCUGCUGUAUGCAAAAUGCAUAUCUGCAGAGGAGUAUCAUGCAUCAAAAAGGCCAUUGCUUCAGAGAUUAGCAGUACAAGGGGCUGAGCUAGAGGCUAGAGACGUGAUCGUUGGAGAACGAAAAGAAGCAGAAUCUCCGGAGGAAGAGGAGUGGUCGGUGAUCGAUUUGAAAGACGAUCAGAAUUUGAUAAACAAGGAUAAUUCUAGGUCCAAAAACAGAUCUAAGCAUGGGAUGAAGCACAUCAAAGAUGCAGCCUCAGUUUUCGGGUUAGGGUCUUUACAGAAACUGGGAAAAACAAGACAGCAGAAGAGCAUAUUUGAUCAAUUGCCAGUUGAUAAUCCAACCAUUUCAAACAAAGAGAAUGACCCAGUUGAUGAAAACCCAUUUUGGAAUAGCAAUAAUCACAAUGACACUGAAAGUGAAACUACGUCUAUUCUUAUGUCAGCAUCAGACUCUGAUAAAUUUGGUAAACAGGAAUGUCAUGGAAGUGGAAAAGGGAAGAAGACUGCAUUCAGAAGUCUAUUCCAGACAGAUAAAUCGGAGGAAAAAGACUCGAAAUUUACGAAGAAGCAAUGGGGGUUUGAUGGGUUCAAAAGAUGGAAGAGGACUAAUGUGGAAGAUGAAACAACUACUGCCCCUCUAACUGAGAGAUCAAGUAAUGAUGGUCCUGAUACUAAGCAGAUCAAAAGAAAGCUUCUUUCUGAUAGUUCUUCAUCUGGUUUUUACAUUGAUAAGGUUGUAGGGGAUAACAUAAGGAAGGAGUUGUUGCGAAUUCAAACAGAACUGUCUAGCACAAAUCCCAACUUUCAUUUUUCGAAUGAUGAAAUGGAUGUUAUCUCCACAAAGCUGCCAGUUGACAAGUCUGAUCUUAAGCAGUACUUUCCCAAGUCCUGGUGUGAACGAUAUGGUGAUGUCGUGUUGGAUGUUGUGAAAAAGGAAUUCAAAGAUCAUGUCGGGGAGAUGGAAAAUAUGCGUCAUGCUACCUGGGAGAGGAGGUGCACUAGCUCCAAGAGAUGGACAGCUUUCGAAGAUGAUGAAAAUUGCCAUCCUAAUCGCGUCUCUCCUGCAAACCAUAAACCAAAGUCCAUUUUCUAAUACAUAAGAUUAUUGUUUCUAGUCUACACAAGGCCAUGUUUGUGGAAGGGUUUAUAUGUACAACUCUUUAUCCUAUUAGUAAAAUAUGUAUAUCAACUA